AUGGCUUCUUCUCCCAUCAUCUUCAAUCCAUCUCCUUCUCCUCCAACCAUCUCUCACACUCCAAAACCAAAUCAUUCUUCUUCCAUUCCCAUUAGCAAGUCUUCACUGCAAUCCACCAUCAAGUCCUUAGAGCACUACAGUUUAGAAGGAAAACAAGCUCAAGAACACCAAGCUUUCUUCAGUUCAAUCAUUUCCACUUGUAUAUCAACCAAAGCUCUCCAUGAAGCAAAUGACCUCCGUGCGCACAUGGCGCGCAUUGGUUAUGACCCUGGCCUAUUCCUGGACAACCAAUUCAUCAAUCUCUACUCCAAAUGUGGCCAAAUUGAGGUUGCUCGGAAGGUAUUCGAUGAUAUGUCUGAGAGAAAUGUGGUAUCUUGGAAUGUGUUGAUUUCUGGAUAUUGUUCCAAUGAAUGCUACCUUGAUGCUCUUGAGCUCUUUUGCAAUAUGGUUGAAGAAGGACAGUGGCCGAAUGAUCCGACUUUGCUUGGUGCUCUGCGUGCUGCAGCUGGUUCAAGGAAUAUUGAACAUGGCCGGCAGAUACAUAGCUAUAUACUGAAAAUGGGUUUCUUAUCUUGUAUUUCAUUGGGCAAUGCGUUGAUUGGCAUGUACUCGAAGUUUUGCAGAACAAGAGAUGCUGAAUUGGUGUUUGAGAGCAUGGCAGAGAAAGAUGCAGUCUCGUGGAAUUCUAUUAUUGCCGCAAAAGCUCAGAAUGGGCUUGGUGUCAUGGAAGCUAUGGAUCUGUUUGUUGAAAUGCUGAUGGAAGGAUUACCACCAGAUGACUACACCUUUGGUAGCUUGUUAGCUAAUAUAGGCGUUCCUGGUGUUGAAGAAAUUCAUGCUCAGGUUAUCAAAAGAGGUUUAGGAGGGAAUGUUGUUGUAGGAAGCACUCUUCUUGAUGCCUAUGCCCGAUGUUUGAACCCACAGGAUGCUUGUCAAGUCUUCAAGAUGAUGGAGGACAGGAACACUGUUGCAUGGAAUUCUGUCAUAUCUGCAUGUUUAAUGAAUGGAAUGGAAAAUGAAGGUCUUGAGCUUUACCUGCAAAUGGCCGACUGUGGGAUACUUGCGGAUGCAUAUACAGUGUCUAUUCUCCUCACGGCUGCAGCAGUAAGCCAAUGGUCUGUAAUUACAGGGAAGCAGCUCCAUGGUCUUGCUGUUAAAAUGGGAUUGCAUAUGGAUACAUUGAUAGGAAACAGCCUCAUUACCAUGUAUGCCAAAAAUGGGGAGAUUUCUGAUUCAUGGCAAGCUUUUAAGUCUGUAUCGGAAGCCGAUAUCAUCUCUUGGAACUCCAUUGUCCACGCUCACCUCCAGAAUGAGCAAUUUGAGCAAGCGUUGGCUCUGUAUGUCCAAAUGAAGGUUUUGGGCUUUGAACCAGAUGAAUUUAGCUUUGUUGCUGCUCUGGCAGCUUGUGGUGAACUGGCUUGGUGCAAUACUGGAAGAGGAAUUCAUUCCAAUUUGGUAAAGAUUGGCAUGACACCAAAUGCAUUUGUAGGAAGUGCGCUCAUUGGCAUGUAUUCCAAAUUCACAGCCACAACCGAUGCUAAGAGGGUCUUCGACGCAAUUGAAGACAAAGACCUUGUCACAUGGAACUCGCUGAUUUCUGGGUUUGCUCAAAACGGUUAUGUAGAUGAAGUUCUGAAGCUCCUCUCUGUGAUGAGGGAAGAAAACUUCGAACCAGAUGAUUUCACAUUUGCAAGUAUUCUAGCAGCAUGUGCAAAUACCAUUACGGUAGAACAUGGAAGGCAGGUGCAUUGUCUGAUCCUGAAAUCAGACCAAAAAAUGGAUGCAGCUGUAGCCAAUGCAUUAAUAACAAUGUAUAGUAGAGCUGGAAGAGAGAAGGAAGCAGAAAAGGUCUUCUCCAAACUUACGACCAAGAAUGUAAUAUCAUGGACAGCAAUGAUAGGAGCUUAUGUUCAGUGUGGCAACUGUCAAGAGGCAUUUCGACUCUUUGAACAGAUGGAAACUAGCGGAGUAACACCAAAUGAAAAGACUUUCAUCACCAUAUUAAGUGCUUGCAGUUACACAGGCAAGAGCAAAGAAGCUGAAAAAUACUUCAAGUUAAUGAAAGCGAAUUAUGGGAUAAGACCUGGAUUUGACCACUGUGCAUGCAUGGUAGAUGUUCUAGGGAGAGCAGGAAGAUUACAAGAAGCUGAAGAAUUCAUAGAAAGAAUGCCAUACAAACCUAGUGCUCUUGUAUGGAAAAUGCUGCUAAGUGCAUGCAGGGUUCACGGUGAUAUCGCGAGAGGGAAGAGAUCCAUGGAGAAGAUAAUGGCUCUUGAUCCUAGCGAUUCAGCAGCUUAUGUUCUGCUUUCGAACUUGUAUGCCUCUUUUGGGUACUGGGACAGUGUCAUGGAAGUGCGGCAAUUGAUGAGAGACAACGGGGUCAAGAAGGAACCCGGAAAGAGUUGGAUCCAAGUGCAUAAUAAAGCUCAUGAGUUUGUGGCAGGCGAUCACUCACAUCCGCAAACCGAUGAAAUAUAUGCAACAUUGAGAGAGUUGCUAAAACAAAUGAAAGCAGAAGGUUACAUUCCAGGUGUGGAGUUUCUGAUAAAUACAUGA